GUUGUCAAAGACAAGCUCUCUGACUCAAGCUGGAUCUAAAAGUCAUGGCGUUGAUUAGCCGAAGUUGUGUUGCUGCGGGUCGAUAUUCGUCUAAUCAUUUGUUUUUACAGUCAAAAUGUUUUGAAGUGUCACAUCUUUACUCUAACAGACUGACCACUGCUACCAAUGCAUCGUCCAUACUUGCAGAGAAGAAGAAGGAGAUUAAGGAGGAUGGGCUCAACCUGCAGGACUUUAUUUCUGGAGAUCUGUCAGAAAAGAGCAAGUGGGAAGAAUACAGGGGCAACCUUAAGAGACAGAAGGGAGAAAGACUAAGGCUACCGCCAUGGCUUAAGACGGAGAUCCCUAUAGGAAAGAACUACAACAAACUGAAAAACACUCUCAGAGAACUAAACCUGCACACUGUCUGUGAGGAGGCCAGAUGUCCUAAUAUUGGGGAAUGCUGGGGUGGAGGAGAGUAUGCUACUGCCACAGCGACUAUUAUGUUAAUGGGUGACACAUGUACACGGGGCUGUAGGUUUUGUUCGGUUAAGACAGCAAGACGUCCUCCCCCUCUUGACCCGGAUGAGCCAUAUAACACAGCAAAGGCUAUCGCAGCAUGGGGACUAGACUAUGUAGUGCUCACAUCAGUAGACAGAGAUGAUAUUCCUGAUGGUGGCGCUGAGCACAUGGCAGAGACUGUGUUAAAUCUUAAAGAGAGGAACUCUAAUAUCCUGGUAGAGUGUUUGACUCCUGAUUUUCGUGGCGAUCUGGCAGCGGUGGAGAAAGUUGCUUUGUCGGGGCUUGAUGUUUAUGCUCACAAUGUAGAGACGGUCAGAGAGUUGCAGAGGUUUGUACGUGAUCCCCGUGCAAAUAUCAACCAAUCAUUGAGCGUAUUACGACAUGCCAAAAAGGUGAAACCCAGUGUGCUCACCAAGACUUCCAUUAUGCUUGGACUGGGAGAGACAGACCAACAGAUACAUGCCACAUUGAAAGAAUUGAGGGAUUCAGGAGUGGACUGUUUAACACUGGGACAGUACAUGCAGCCAACCAAACGCCAUCUUAAGGUGGAAGAAUAUGUUACUCCUGAGAAGUUUGCACACUGGGAGAAAGUUGGUCAGGAGAUGGGCUUCGUCUACACAGCCAGCGGGCCGCUUGUGCGUUCCUCUUACAAAGCAGGAGAGUUCUUCUUGAAGAACCUACUGAAAAAGAGGAAGACUGAGAUGGCAGCAGAGUAAUUGAUAGUGUUAACUCUGUAAAGUUUAAAAUGAAACGCUUUUUGUUGACAGUAAAGAACUUCUAGAACUUCAUAAACGUACACAUGGUCAAGAUUUAAAAAUGGAAGAAUUUUUGUGAUACCACUUGAUAUAGGAAAGAGAGAUUCUGGGAAGCAUUGAACGUUCAUUUUGUCCUUACAGCACAAUAAAAUGCUUGAGAGAUUUAAGAGUUGUGUCCACAUCAAUGUUCUUAAUGCAGAUAUUAAACCCCUACAUUAAUGUUAUUAGAUUAUUUAAGAAGAAAUUGUUUAAAUAAAUGCUUGAAUGAUUUAGAAAUUAAAUUCUAAAAACAAAUGAUGUAUAAUGUAUGUUUAUCUUUUAACUGAUAUAAACUGGCUAUCAAAUUAAACUUUUCUUGUCAAAAAUA